UUCACCUACCUCCAGCUGCUCUUCGUAGAUUUCGAAUAACACGACAGAAACACCGAUACAAUCGUCUUCUCACCCAGAUAACCCCAAAUCCCUUUGAAUUCCACCCUCCAACCCAUCGGUUCCUCCCUUUAUUUUUCUUUGCAAUUUGUGACACCUUAAUUUACGGCUGGAUCUUCGGUGUCCUGUGACAUCUACCAAGUCAACGACAUGGCUGAACUUGCCUCUGGCGUCGCAAGUAAGAUCUUGGAGAAGUUAGGAUCCCUUGCUUACGGAGAGUUCAUCUUGGUAUUGGACAUCAAAAGCCAGCUGAUAGAGCUUGAGGGCACCAUGACAACCAUUAAAGCCGUGCUCUUGGAUGCUGAAGAGAAACAAGCUACCAAUCGGGCGCUGAGCAUCUGGCUAAGGCAGCUUAAAGAUAUUUUUUAUGCUGCCGAGGAUGUGCUUGAUGAAAUUGAGUGCGAAGUUCUAAGGAAGCGAGUGCUCAGAACAUAUGGGCGCCCUAAUAGAGAGGUACGUGGUUGCUUUUCAGGCUGUAGCGCCCUUGCAUUCCGCUCUAAAUUGGGUCACAAAAUCAUGGGCAUUAAAGAGAAAUUAAGUAAGAUUGCAGCUAAUAAGGAUCAAUUUAAUCUCAUAGCACGGCUUGAAGAUAACCAUGUCAUGCACAGGAGGAGGGACAUAACCCACUCAUUUGUUCUUCCUUCAGAUGUUAUCGGUAGGGAUGAUGAUAGAAAAAAUAUAAUAGAUCUUUUGAUGCACCCAAAUGCUGACAGAAAUGUCAAUGUAGUUUUUAUAGUUGGACUAGGAGGUUUUGGAAAGACUACAAUUGCUAAGUUGGUAUACAAUGAUAAACAUGUAGCUGAGCAUUUCGAAUUGAGGAUGUGGGUUUGUGUAUCUGAGGAUUUUGAUGUUGCUAGAUUAAUUAAAGAAAUCCUUAAAUGUGCAAGUGGUACAAUUGAUGAGAAUUUGGGUGUAGAUAUGUGGCAAACUAGUUUAAGAGACUGUUUAAGGAAUAAGAGGUUUCUACUCGUUUUGGAUGAUGUUUGGAACGAGGAUCGUAGUAAAUGGAUUGAGUUGAAAGGGUUGUUAAGUGCUGGUUUAGAGGGAAGUAGAAUUAUUGUGACAACACGUACUCACAUGGUUGCCUCCAUUAUGGGAACUGGUCUCACAUACACUUUAGAACGUUUAUCCCACAAAGAUUGUUUGUCUUUAUUUGUGGAAUGGGCAUUUAAGGAAGGGGAAGACAAACAAUAUCCAAACCUCUUAGAAAUUGGAAAAGAAAUUGCGAAAAAAUGUCAAGGAGUUCCAUUGGCAAUAAGGACUUUAGGCAGCCUACUUUUCUCAAAGGUUGAUGAACAUGAGUGGGAAUCUGUGAGAGAUAGUGAGAUAUGGAGAUUAGAACAAAAAGAGGGUGAUAUUUUACCUGCAUUAAAACUAAGUUAUGAUCAAAUGCCGUCUCAUUUGAAGCAAUGCUUUGCCUUUUGUUCUCUUUUCCCAAAGGAUUUUUUAUUCAAUAGUGAUUUACUGAUUCAAUUUUGGAUGGCGCAUGGACUCCUUAAUAAAACAUGUAAUAGUCAAAAUAUAGAGUUGGAAGAUGUUGGCGACAUGUGUAUCAAGGAGUUGUGGUCUAGAUCUUUCUUCCAAGAUGUUGAACAUGAUCUUUGGUACUACAGAUAUUGGUUUAAAAUGCACGAUAUUGUCCAUGAUCUUGCACUCAAGGUUGCAGAAGAAGAGUGUUCAGUAGUUGGCUUUCACACACAAAACAUUGUUGGAACAAUUCGUCAUUUGUCAUUUUCUCACAAUGGUCUACAAGUUCCCAAAUACUUUUACAUGUUAAGCUGUGGUGUGCGAACCACUUUGUUCCAAACCAAACAAGUACCAGCCUUGGUUGAAGCAUGCAUCUCAAGAUUCAAGUACUUGCGGGUGCUUGAUUUAAGUUAUUCGUCUUUUGAGGUGUUGUCAAGAUCUAUUUGUACUUUGAAACAUUUGAGAUUCUUGAACCUAGCUUGGAAUGACAGAAUCAAGAAACUUCCUAAUUCCAUUUGCAAGCUGUAUAAUUUGCAAACUUUACUACUUCAUGGAUGUCCGAGACUUGAGCGGUUGCCCAAAGAUACAAAGAAGAUGAUCAACCUUAGGUAUUUGACAGUAACAACAACUUACACCUACUUGUUUGAGAAUGGUGCAUGUCACUUGAAUUCUCUUCGGUUUUUGCGUGUAUAUUAUUGUCCGAGAUUAGAAAUUUUGUUUCAAGGGAUGAAUGGACGCCUUACCAACCUUCGUACAUUGGUUAUUUUAGGUUGUAAUAGGUUGACCUCUUUGACACAUGAUAUCAAGCUCCUAACCACCGUAGAGACCUUGAUAGUUGAGAAUUGUAAAGAGCUUAGUUUGACAGGAGGAGAAGACGGUCGGAAUCUUAAGUUGAGCCUUCGAAAAUUGAAGAUUCUAGAUUUACCAAAGUUGGAGGUUUUGCCAGAAUGGCUCAAAGGAUCUGCUGACACUUUACAGUUCCUAAGUAUUAGAGAUUGUCCGAACUUGAUGGCCUUACCAGAGUGGCUACCAAGUUUGAAAUCACUUCGCACACUUGAGAUUUUUUAUUGCCCCAAAUUGUCAUCUCUUCCGGAGGGAAUGGAUCGUCUCACUGCACUAAGAGAAUUGACGAUUGACGAUUGUGAUGAAUUGGUUAGGAAAUGCAAAGAGGAAGAUCAUCCCAAGAUUGCUCACAUACCAUCAGUUCAACUGGAUUAGCCCAAAAAAUGAAGAAGUAGCUGCUUCCAUGACAUGACUUCGUCAAGAGAUCAGCAACUAUUUAGCCUCAAUGCAACUCAGGUCAAAGAUAUUUGUUCCUUGAUUAUUGUAGACACUUCUAUCAUUAUAGUUUGUAUUAAGAAAUGUAAACAAAUAAAUAUAUCUGUAAGCGUUCGAACAAUAAUUAAAUUCAGUAUCUUUUCUUUUUAGUCAUAGUUAUUGUUUUGACAAAUCUUGAUCAUUCA